CUAAAAGGUCUAUGGACUAUGAUAAAAUUAUGAUUGUGAAUUGUGAUUUGUGACUAAUUUGUUACCGUAUUUGACGUAUACUAAGUCUAGGUCCUAGGGCUUAUUUUUCUAUUUUAGAAAUAUAAUAUUAUUUACGUCAGACUUAAAACUAGCCAUUGCCUUUAAUUAACGCUGUAGUGUUAUACCCGACAACCAUCAUGUUUGACGCUCCUCCGUCCGCAAAACUCAAGGAGCAAGACUUAGAGAAUCUGGAUAUUUCUAAACUAACACCAUCUUCACCUGAAGUUAUCAGUCGUCAGGCUACAAUCAACAUUGGAACAAUUGGUCAUGUAGCGCAUGGAAAAUCAACCAUUGUAAAAGCUGUUUCUGGUGUUCAAACUGUAAGAUUUAAAAAUGAACUCGAAAGAAAUAUCACAAUUAAAUUAGGAUAUGCCAAUGCUAAAAUUUACAAAUGCAAUUAUGAUAAGUGUCCACGACCUGCUUGUUUUGUGUCUGGUGGUUCAGGCCGUGAUGACUCAUUACCUUGUUCUAGACCUGGUUGUCCAGGAAGAUUUGAAUUAGUUAGACAUGUAUCUUUUGUAGACUGCCCUGGUCACGACAUUCUUAUGGCUACUAUGUUGAACGGAGCUGCAGUUAUGGACGCUGCAUUGUUACUCAUAGCUGGGAAUGAAUCUUGCCCACAACCACAAACAUCAGAACACUUGGCUGCUAUAGAAAUCAUGAAGCUAAACAAUGUAAUUAUCUUGCAAAAUAAGAUUGAUUUGGUAAAAGAAGGCCAAGCUAAAGAACAACAGGAACAGAUACAAAAGUUUGUUCAAGGAACUGUAGCUGAAGGUGCACCUAUUAUACCUAUAUCAGCUCAGCUCAAGUAUAACAUGGAAGUAUUAUGUGAAUAUAUUUACAAAAAAAUCCCAAUUCCUGAAAGAGAUUUCACAUCACCUCCACGCCUAAUUGUUGUUCGAUCAUUUGAUGUGAAUAAACCUGGAUGUGAGGUGGAUGAUCUUAAAGGAGGAGUUGCUGGUGGUAGUAUUCUACGUGGUGUUUUAAAAGUUGGAAUGGAAAUUGAAGUACGCCCUGGCUUAGUAUCUAAGGACAGCGAAGGAAAAUUAACUUGUCAGCCAAUUUUCUCACGUAUAGUGUCUUUAUACACAGAGCAAAACGAAUUGAACUUUGCUGUUCCUGGAGGACUAAUUGGUGUUGGUACCAAAAUUGAACCCACAUUAUGUAGAGCUGAUCGUCUUGUUGGACAAGUAUUAGGAGCUGUUGGAGCAUUACCAGAUAUAUUUAUUGAGUUAGAAGUUUCAUACUAUUUGCUUAAGCGAUUAUUAGGUGUACGUACAGAAGGAGAUAAGAAAGCAGCAAAGGUUCAACGAUUAUCAAAAAAUGAAGUGCUGUUGUUAAAUAUUGGAUCUCUGUCAACUGGUGGAAGAGUGUUAGCUACAAAAGCUGAUUUAGCUAAAAUCAGUUUAACAACACCAGUAUGUACAGAAAUUGGGGAAAAAAUUUCUCUUAGUCGUCGUGUUGAAAAACAUUGGAGACUUAUUGGAUGGGGAUUAAUUCGUGGUGGAGAAACAAUACAACCUUCAAACCCACAAACAGGCUAAAGUUGUGAACAAUUACUAUUUCACAUUAUGUGUAUUUAUUGCAUGAUUUACUUCAAUAAAGAAGAUACAAAUAGUA